GGCACGCAGGGUGAAUGAAUGGGGCGCGCGGCGGCGGCGGGACCUCGGCGCGGUGGCGCGAAGCGGGUCCGGGAACGCAGCGGGCACCAGGCGGAGCCGCCACCGCCAGGUCUGUGCGAGGGGCCGGUGGGUGCGGGACAGCGUCGGAGCGAAAGUGGGUCACGGCGGGGCCCAGCGCCCCAGGCAGGGCGGGACCGGACUUGCGUGCCCCGGCCCGAGCCGGGGCGUCUCCCGCGUUCCCGGGCGGCCGCGCCUGUGCGGCUGGCCCCCUGCCCGGCGUCCCGGACCGCCCUUCCCCCGACGCCUCCCCUUCUUCACUGGGCAUCCGCGCCGGAUCCCGGGGGAGGCGGACCGGACCGGGAGCCUGACGCCGACUGUUCGGUGCCCGCAGCGGCCAGGGCCAUGGGCACUCCGGCCUCGGUGGUAAGCGACUCUCCGGGACGCGCAGCGCCCUCAGCCCGCGCCCGUAAGCGGGCCUCGGCCAACAUCUUCCAGGGCGUGGGGCUGCGGGAGCUGCGGAGCCUGUUCCGGAGCGGCGGGGCCGAGCGGCCCGAGGAGCGCGCCCGCCUCGUCUGGCGGUACGCGGGCCAGCGGCGCAUGGCGCGGGCCCUGCGGCGGCUUCGGCGACGACGAACAACCCAGCCCGGCGGUGGGAUGGCAGCGCUACGGCGCUUCCAACACCUUCGGUAGGAUCGCGGAGAAGAAGCUGGAGGGUGACUGCGGGGCCGAGACGGGCUCGGGCUCCAUGUAGCAGCGCUGAGCAGCUGGGCGUGGAGAGCAGCUCUCCCAGGACCCUAAGUGUACUGGGCAGGGUGCAAUGCAUGGUUAAUAAAGGAUAGACAGUG